UCCACAAAUCCUUGUUCACUUUUGAGACAAAAAUUUAUAUUUCAUCAAACAUUAUAUCCCUCUCAAUCAUGGAAAGCUUUCAAAAAGAAAAACAGAUUGUAGUGGAUCCACUUUCAUUGAAAGAUUCACUAAUCAAAUUACAAGAGUACCAAGUUGCUACAAAUUUGCCAACUAUAAUCACAACUUCUUUAUCCCCUACACAUUUUCACCCUCCAACAUUACAACCUCCAAAGUCAAGAUUUUUAAACUUGAGUCUUCCAAAUUCAGUUAACUCGUCGCCCCGGUUCGCUUCGGUUAAGAAAUCGAAAGGCGGCAGCCCGGAAACACAAUCUCAAGAAGCUACUAAUGUGACCAACAAGCUUCAAAAUUAUCUUCAAGAAGCACAAUUUGGAAAGAGCAAAUCAUGUGGUGAUGGAAGAGAAAGUUCUUCCUUAGAAGAAUUUGAUCAUUGGUUGAAUAAAGUAAGUGCAAAAGAGUAUGAAAAAUGGGAGUGGCAUUUUGGUACUUCCCCAAAAAAUGAAGAUGCUAAGGAAAAUAGUCCUAAGAGUGUUAAGAGCAUGAAAACAUCAGAAAAUGACUAUGGAUUCAAAUGCAAUGCUCUAUGCAUUUAUCUUCCUAACUUUGUUGGUAAAGUUAAGCUUAAGCAAAUUAAAACAAAAAAAGAAGUGUCACAAAAAGUAGCUGAAAUUUCUAGAACAGUUUCAUUGGAGAAUUUUGAAUGUGGUUCUUGGGCUUCUGCAGCUAUGUCUCAUGAGAAUGAUGGAGAUUCCAAUAACUCUUACUUUGAUCUUCCAUUAGAAUUGAUGAAAUGUGGUGAUAUUGAAGUAGAUUCACCUAUGGCUGCAUCUUUUGUUUAUGAAAAAAACAUUAAAGGGGUUUUGAAAAAUGGUUCAGCUAGAGGGAGUGGUAGAAAAUUCGAAGCAUCGCCGCGCCAUGUUCGAUUUUCAUUGUCAUCUUCUCCAUCUUACCCAACAUCUCCAGUUUCUUGCAUUAGUCCUCGUUUGAGAAAGGCUAGAGAAGAUUUUAAUGCUUUCUUAGCAGCACAAAGAGUGUGAUGGAGAUUAAGCCUAUGGAAAUGUGGAAUUUAGAGUUCAAAUAUAUACUCAAAAUUUAUUUUAGUAGUUCUAUUACUUUUUUAUUUUUCUAUAGACAAAUGUUAGUAGUUAAUAUAUUACAGAAGAAAAUAUUAGUAGCAGAGGAGAAAUCCUAAAUCUCCUUCAUAGUACUCGUUCGGUGUUAAAAUAAUGCGUUUUAAAGAGAAAUUAGUUAGUGUUUUUGUUUGUGAUUCAAAUAAUCUCUGGUUGACUCAUUGUGUAGUUACCAUGGAUAAUUUGUAAACAAAGGUGUAAUAUGCAUUCUAUGAUCUCAAGUUCAAGACAUGACAGCUUCUAAAUGUUUUGGUCACAUAACAAAAUAUGUGUUCUUUGUGAACAUUUGUGUCACAAACAGAUGCAAACGUUUGUU